UCUUAAAGCGACAGGCACCCGCUCGGCCCCCACCCGAAACACCGCCCCGAGGGCGGCGGCGAGCGGGCUCGUGGGCAGCGGCGGAGGGGCCGGGCUUGUCCCGGAGGAGUGCGACGGCGGCGUGUGGCGUCGGGAGGGACUCCGGAGGAGCCGGGGGCACCCCGCGGGCCCCGAUAUCCCGUGGCUGCCCGGGGUGCGGGGGGGAAACGAUCGCUUCCCCCCACGGGAAGGGGAGGGGAGGUGCUGUGCUGACGGCUCGGCGCCGAUUGUCGCGGGCUGGGUCCGCGGGCACAGGUGACGGGGCCUGGGAGCGAUGGAGCAGCCCGGCGCGGCGGCGGCGGCCGGAGCGGGCGGCGGCGGCGGCGAGGAGCCCGGCGGGGGCCGGAGCAACAAGCGGAGCCUGGGCGCCCGGGCCGCCAACGAGGAGGAGACGAAGAACAAACCCAAGCUGAACAUUCAAAUUAAAACAUUGGCAGAUGAUGUGCGUGACCGAAUUACAAGUUUUAGAAAAUCUACUGUCAAAAAAGAGAAGCCUCUUAUUCAGCAUCCUAUUGAUUCACAAGUUGCAAUGAGUGAGUUUCCAGCAGCUCAGCCAUUCUAUGAUGAAAGGUCUUUAAACUUGUCUGAAAAAGAAGUACUGGAUCUCUUUGAAAAAAUGAUGGAGGACAUGAACCUUAAUGAAGACCGGAAAGCUCCUCUACGAAACAAAGAUUUUACCACCAAGCGUGAGAUGGUUGGACAGUAUAUUUCUGCUACUUCCAAAUCGAUAGUUGGAAGUAAAGUUGUGGGAGGACUGAAAAACAGCAAGCAUGAAUGCACCCUCUCUUCACAAGAAUAUGUUCAUGAAUUACGUUCUGGUAUUUCAGAUGAGAAACUUCUUAAUUGCCUGGAAUCUCUGAGGGUUUCUUUAACCAGCAAUCCUGUUAGCUGGGUUAACAACUUUGGUCAUGAAGGCCUUGGACUCUUACUGGAUGUACUGGAAAGACUUCUGGAUAAGAAACAGCAAGAAAAUAUUGAUAAGAAGAAUCAGUAUAAGCUUAUUCAGUGCCUCAAAGCAUUUAUGAAUAAUAAGUUUGGUUUGCAACGGAUUCUAGGAGAUGAAAGAAGUCUUUUGCUAUUGGCACGAGCAAUUGAUCCCAAACAACCCAAUAUGAUGACUGAAAUAGUAAAAAUACUUUCUGCUAUUUGCAUCGUUGGAGAAGAGAAUGUUCUGGAGAAACUGCUAGGGGCUAUAACUACAGCAGCAGAAAGAAAUAAUAGAGAACGAUUUUCAACAAUUGUUGAAGGAUUAGAGAAUCAUGAAGCAUUGCAGUUACAGGUGGCUUGCAUGCAGUUUAUAAAUGCCCUUGUUACAUCUCCUUAUGAGCUUGAUUUUCGAAUCCAUUUAAGGAAUGAAUUCCUCCGUUCAGGAUUAAAAGUGAUGUUACCCGAUCUAAAAGACAAAGAAAAUGAUGAACUUGAUAUUCAGUUGAAAGUAUUUGAUGAGGACAAAGAGGAUGACCUAAAUGAAUUAUCCCACCGUCUCAAUGACAUUCGAGCAGAAAUGGAUGAUAUUAAUGAAGUGUACCACCUUCUGUAUAAUAUGUUGAAGGACACUGCUGCUGAAAAUUACCUAUUAUCUAUUCUACAACAUUUUCUGCUCAUCAGGAAUGAUUAUUACAUAAGGCCGCAGUAUUAUAAAGUCAUUGAAGAAUGUGUUUCCCAGAUAGUGCUGCACUGCAGUGGUAUGGACCCAGAUUUCAAGUAUCGUCAAAGACUCGACAUAGAUUUUACUCAUCUAAUAGAUUCUUUUGUGAACAAGGCAAAAGUUGAAGAAAGUGAACAAAAAGCAAUGGAGUUUUCCAAGAAGUUUGAUGAAGAAUUCACAGCUCGACAGGAAGCUCAAGCAGAACUUCAAAAGAGAGAAGAAAAAAUCAAAGAGCUUGAAACAGAAAUCAGCCAACUUCGAACCCAGGGACAUGGCCUUUCAGGUGCAUCAGGAAUUCCGGCCCCUCCUCCUCCACCACCUCCAUUGCCCAGUGGCGGCCCAGCUCCACCACCUCCACCACCACCUCCACCUCCACCACCUCUUCCUGGAGGCGUUCCUCCUCCCCCUCCCCCUCCCUUGCCUGGAAUGGGGAGUAUACCACCACCACCGCCUUUGCUCGGGGGUCCUCCUCUACCGCCUCCUCUAGGAGGUGUUCCUCCUCCCCCAGGAGCUCCACUUGACCUGCCUUACGGAAUGAAGCAGAAGAAAUUAUAUAGACCUGAGGUUUCCAUGAAGAGAAUCAAUUGGUCCAAGAUUGAACCCAAAGAAUUGUCUGAAAACUGUUUUUGGUUAAAAGUAAAGGAAGAGAAAUUUGAAAAUCCAGAUCUCUUUGCAAAAUUGGCAUUGAAUUUUGCUACCCAGAUUAAAGCGCAAAAGAAUGCAGACACUCCUGAAGAAAAAAAGCCUCUUUCUACAAAGAAAAAAGUGAAAGAAUUGAGAGUUUUAGAUGCCAAAACUGCCCAGAAUCUAUCUAUCUUCCUUGGAUCAUAUCGUAUGCCAUAUGAAGAUAUUAAAAACAUUAUUCUUGAGGUUAAUGAAACUAUGUUGAGUGAGGCUUUAAUUCAGAACCUCGUGAAACAUCUUCCAGAGCAGAAGGUCCUGAAUGAAUUAGCACAGUUGAAAAAUGAAUAUGAUGACCUCUGUGAACCUGAACAAUUUGGAGUUGUGAUGAGCUCAGUGAAAAUGUUGCAGUCACGUCUCAACAGCAUUCUUUUCAAGCUCAUGUUUGAAGAACAAGUGAACAACAUCAAGCCAAGCAUCAUAGCAGUAACUCUUGCCUGUGAAGAAUUGAAAAAGAGUGAAAGUUUUAACAGACUUUUAGAAUUAGUUCUUUUGGUUGGGAACUACAUGAACUCUGGCUCCAGAAAUGCUCAGUCUUUGGGUUUUAAGAUCAACUUCCUUUGUAAGAUCAGAGAUACUAAGUCAUCUGAUCAGAAAACAACCCUCUUGCAUUUUAUUGCUGAAAUUUGUGAAGAAAAAUAUCGUGAUAUCCUGAAAUUUCCUGAAGAACUGGAACAUGUAGAAAGUGCAAGUAAAGUUUCAGCUCAAAUUCUAAAGAGUAACCUUGUGGCAAUGGAAAACCAUAUCUCUCAUCUGGAAUGUGACCUCAAGAAAUUCCCAGAGGCAGAAAAUCAACGUGAUAAGUUUGUGGAAAAGAUGACAAGCUUUGCCAAGAGCGCCCGAGAGCAGUAUGAGAAGCUGCUCACCAUGCACAACAACAUGGUCAAGCUCUAUGACAACCUGGGAGAAUAUUUUAUUUUCGACUCCAAGACUGUGAGCAUCGAAGAGUUUUUUGGUGAUCUCAGCAACUUUCGAACUCUGUUCAUGGAAGCAGUGAAAGAAAACAACAAAAGGAAGGAAAUGGAGGAAAAAAGUAGAAGAGCAAAACUUGCUAAAGAGAAAGCUGAACAAGAAAAAUUGGAACGCCAGAAGAAAAAGAAGCAACUCAUUGAUAUUAAUAAAGAAGGUGAUGAGACUGGUGUGAUGGAUAAUCUUCUAGAAGCCCUGCAAUCAGGUGCAGCCUUCCGAGACCGCAGAAAGCGAAUUCCAAGGAGCUCAGAUAACAGGCGAGUACCACCAUUAGAAAGGUCUCGCUCUCGUCACAAUGGAGCUGUCUCAUCUAAGUGAUUUCCUGAUGCCAAAGAAUAAGAAAAUAUUUAAGUAAACAAAAUCAUACAGUUUAUGAAGAACAAAACAAGGAAUAAAGAGGAAAUAGCUGCAUUUCUGCAAACAUCAAGCUAAGCUGGAUGAAAUAGUGUGCAUUUCUCCAGUUAUUAUAAGACUUUUCCCGCAAUUCUACGUGAACACAAUUACCAGAAUUAUAAAAUGUGUUUUAUUUUGUGUAAAGAUUGUACUUUGCUAUUGAGUGUGACCUGAUCAUGAUGGGGGGAAAUGUUAGAAAUGGAAGUAUUUAAAGGCUUUUGAAAUACUUACUCUGUCAGAAAUUUACAUUACUUAAAUUCGCAGCUUACCCCUACAAAAUAGAUGGAAAGAAAUCAAUCCAGUAUUUGCUUCUGAUAUCUGUUACAUAAAAAGGAAAAGGUCAAUGAAAAUAUGCAUGUUUGUGCUCUGGAGAAAUGCUAAUAUUGCAUGCUCUGUAAGAGAAGCUAUUUUGGAAACUCAAAAAAGUAUUGCUUUACCUCUGUUAAGUUGUUUAAAACCUUAUUUGAAGUGAGAGCUGAUGGAUUCAUCUGCUUUGGUUGAAAUUAAAUUUAUUAAUCUAGAGUUUCAGCAUGAUAUUGCAAGCAGUUAUUGCUAAAAAUAAAACCAAAGUUUAACAGUAUCCAGUUAGAAAAAGUGAUUAAAAUUUUAUUUUAAAAAGUGUUUUUCUAAUUGUGCACUUACAUCUACUUUAUACAAAUACUUUAUAUGGCUAUUUUUGAAAACACCAUUAUAUUUUAAUGUUUAUGCUUAGGAUAACCCUGAAAGUGUAAUUAUCCUUAGAUUGUUAAAGGUAAAAACUGAUUCUUAUUCUCUGUGCUUUAUUCCUUCUCUUUCUUGAUUCUUCCAUGACCCUCUUGAAGGCAGAGAAUAGAAUUCUAUAAAACCCGAGAGAGGAAAUUUUUAUCUCUACAGGCAGCAAUAGAAAAGUGUCUGAAAGGUCAAUUGUUUUAUCUUUAUUUUUACUCUCCUUUCCAAUUUUGCUUUGGCGACCUGAAAAAGAAAAGGAAUGAUGUGUGUAUAUGUAUAGUUCCUGAUACAGUAAUUCCAUAUCUUAGUGAAUUAAGUGAACUCCUCAAUCAUCAUUCUAUUUACCUUGUGCUCCCAAAUUAAGAAGAUACUGCCAACAUCACUCUAGGAGGAAAGACAUUCUCUUCAUUUUUCAUCAAUUAAUGAGGGGGGAAGAGUUAAUAAUAUUUGCCUCUUAUUUUAAAAUAUGCAUUGAAAUAAUGUGAUAUAACAUAUUUGGAAUGCAGUAUAAAAAUGAGCUUAUGCAGAUACUGCAAUGUAUAGUACAUGUUUAUUAUGUAGAAAAUAGUAUUUCUACUCCCCCAACACAUAUAACAUACACUUAGAAAGAACAAAUGACUAGGACUUGGUAAAUCACCAUGUGGUAUAAUGUAAACAAGUGAGCAGUAACUCAGUCUCCUUUAUAUUUGAUGAUAGAAUGAUUCAAACUGCUGACUUUUCCUCUGGUGCGUUCUUGCUUGAGUUUUAUACUCUUAAAAUCUAUGAAGUAACUCUGAAGGAAAUAAAAAAAUAGUAAUAGUAUCUAAAGUUUCACAGUUUUAUUCCAUCUUAAGACACAGAAAAGUUUAUGUAAUAUAUAAAUUUCUCACACUUUUUAAAACAAUAGCAAAGAUUUAGGGUCUAAUAAUUUAUGUAAAAAUAUAUAUAUAUUUUGACUUCACAACAUUUUUUUAGAAAUCUUCGAGAUCUGCUCUCUUGAAGUGUUUUGAUAGCUUUUCAGGCAUAGUAAAAUAGUAUUUUGAAAUAUUAACUUUGACUAAAGUUUAGGUAAAUUUGCCAUACCAUAAUAUCAAGCUGACCAAGGUAGAAAUAUUAAUGUAUAUCGCCUUUUCCAGAUAUAAACUUGCCUUACUUCUCAGUUUUGGGGAAAUUAACUGAAGUAACAUUACUAAGAAAUUAUAUAUUUCUAUUUAGUGUAAUCCCACUUGCUUUUCACAAAUAUAAAACCUCUCAGGAUCUUUCAUGAAGUUCCAAUAAACAAAGUAUUUUCUUCCCAAAUGUAUAAUGUUCCUGCUUUAGCUAUUUUUAGUUGUGCUUUAAUCUGAAAAGUUUCACCCAAAAUGUAAUAAGUGACAUUUUUCAGAAUAGAACCAAGUUGUAUUAAAAGCAUUUGUUAGGUUUAUUAUUGCCAUAUGUGAGGAGCAUCAAUUAUUCAGUUUUUCUUAGAAUGUUCUUAGGAACAUAAAAUCCCUAUAAGUGUUUACUAGUUGUAUUAGUUUCAUUUGGCUGCUAUAACACAUUGCCAUGAACUUGGUGAACAUGUCAGGAAUUUAUUUUGUCACAAUUCUAGGGCCACAUGUCAAAUAUCACAGGCCGUUUUUCCUCCACAGACUAGAAGAGAAUCUUCCUGUCCUCUUUUAGCUAGUGAUGGCUAUUGAAAUCCAUUGGGUAAUGGCAGUGCGUCUUUCUGUAUCUUCCCAACACUUUCGCGUCUGCGUUUGGAAUUUCUCUCUUACUUUCUCUUUUAAGGGAAUUUAUAUGGGCUCUUCAGACCCCCAAAUAAUCCGGAAUAAUUUUAUCUCAAAAUCCUAAACUUAAUACAAGUCUAAGGUGUUUUGUUUUGUUUUGUUUUGUUGUUUGUUUGGGAGUCACAUCCGUGAUGCUCAGGGAUUAAUCCUGGCUCUGCACUCAGGAAUCACUCCUGGUGGUGUUUAGGGGACCAUAUGGGAUGCAGGAGAUCCAAUCUGGGCUGGCAGCAUGCAAGGCAGGUGCCUGACCCUCUGUACUAUUGCUCUGGCACCAAGAGAGUCUUUUCUAAAUAAGAUAUUAGUCAGAUUCUAGGCAUUAGUGUGUGAAUUUUGGAAGAUAUGGUCUUAAGUCUACUAUAGUCUACCUGUGUGUCCCACCAAAUUUAUGUGCCUCUAUUUCCAGGUCUGGGCCUUUCCUUAAAUACCAGAAGCUCUGCACAUACCUGCGGCUUUAUCAGUCACUUUUCUGCCUAUAAAAAUUUGGCUACCUGACAACCUCUUGUUGUGACCUGUUUUGUCCUUUUCAGACCGAACUGGAAGUUCUUCUUCUGUUAUAAGAUUCUCAACAUUUUUGAAGGCCUCUGAAGUGUGUCAUAUUAAUUCAGUUCAAACAAGAGUGUUCUCAGAGAUAUUUGUGUACUAACCCCAUGUCUUUUUCUGGGCUCCUUUGAGUGUGGAUCUUUUAGCCAAUAACGAAUCCCCUUAGCACUAACAAAGGUUUUCCGGCCAGAUUCUUAACCUCACCUCCACGCACAAUUUCUUACCAGUGGAACACACAAUCAUAGCACCUUUUGUAAUGUAAAUGGCUAAAAUCUUCCAGAAUCAUCAGGCUCUGGUUCAUAUCUGUUUAGCAGUUAUUUCCUUAAUUUAUCUCUUCUCACAUUUUACUAUAAACUAUAGAAGAAACUAGGUUAUACCCUGAACACUUUGCUUGAAAAGUUCUCAGCUAAAUAUUCAAGAUAAUCAGUUAAUUUCUACUUUUCAAUGAACUUCUACAGACAAUUAAGUUUUUUGCCACUUUACAGUUUUAUGGUGUGUGUGGGGGGGGCUUUUUUUUGCCACUAUGUGGAUCUUCUUUCCUCUAGUUUACAAUGAAAUAUUCUUUGGUUUCUUCUGAGCAAUCUCUCCGUAUAACCAUCCUUAAUUUAUUUCUACCAAAUAGUCUAUUUAAGACAAUUUAUGAUUUUUCUGCUAUAUAUUUGCAUAAUUUUUCCCAUUCUUACUCAUCCAAUUCCAUAAUCACUUGCACGCAGAUAUCUGUAAUAGUAGCACCUGACUUCCAGAUUCCUAGAUCUCUUUUUGGUUACUGGGGUUGCUGUAACAGACUAUUCCACACAUGGUAGCUAAAUGUAACCAAAAUUUAUUCUCUUAUUUUAGAGUACAGAGUGCUAAAUUAAGGUAUUUGCAAGGCUGUACUUCCUCCAAAGGUUCCAGGGGAAAUUCUCUUCCUGCCUUUUACAGUUUCUUGGUGACUUGUCAUUCCACAUCUUUUGGCCAAAUCUCCUUGUGCUAGGUCUUUAUCUUAUCUUUCUUCCCCUCUGUAUAUAUAAUCAACCUGUCUCCAUCUUAUAAGACACUUAAAUUGGCAUUUAUGGGUUUCUAGACUUAUUCAUAAUAAUUACCUGACCUCAAGAUCUUUAACUUCACGACAUCUGCAAAGUCCCUUUUCCAAAUAAGCUUCUAGCAAUGUGGAUAUGCACAUAUCUUUGGGGAGUCAGUAUUCAGUUCACAACAGUAGUCAUUGUACAUAAAAGUAGUUUUCACUUUUUAAAAGGUAUCCUUCGUAUCAAAUCAAAUUUAAGCGUUCUCUAAAAGUAAUUGUAACAGUCAAUUGCAUGUUUUUGAUGUUAAAUGACUAAACAGUGCUGUUCUAAAGUUCAGUUUAUAUAUUUGCUACUGUAACUAAUUGACUUAAAAAUAAGAAACAAUGAUUUCCAACUCUGAAUUCUAAUGUAUCUCUUUUGCCCUUCUUAUGGACAUUUUGACAAAAUGUAUUCUGUGACUCACAGUGCAGGCAUAAAACUACCUCCAAAGCGGAAGUGUUCUUUAUAAACGCAUUUUAGAUAUGGUGAAUCCUCAGCUGAAGAGAGAGGUGACAGCAAAGCCUGCUUUGAAUGGAUCUUGGAGAAGACUAGCCCAAACCAAGAUAUCUAGAAAUAUUUCAGUAGAAGUAGAACUUUGGAUUCAGGUUCUUAUUUUGUCUUGAAAUGAUCAACUGUCUCUUUGCUGGACAAAUAAUGAUUUAUAAUAUAGAUGUAAUGCAUACUAACUUAUUCAAUAAAAUUAAAAUAUAUUAAA